GAGCAAGUCACCCCCUCGGAGGGUCUUGUGUUGAGUUCGGCCGCGUCUGAGGGCGCGGGUGCCGAGCCCCUCCAUUCCAGAAUCAGUCCACCGUCAAGCAAAAACAUUCAUCCAUCCAUGUCGACUCGUCAACUCCCAGCCUGGCCACCAACGCUCCCCGCUAUCCACCUCGAUGAACUACGACAAGCCGGUGCUACCUACGCCCUGGCAAACUCGCUAAUAUUCAAGCUCCACUCUCCAACUGGUGUCCAUGGAUCCCACGUGCCCUUCACCUUACUUCCCUCUCCCUUUCCACGAGAUCAAUUCGAAAAGGCGGAAAGAAUCCAGACGGCCUACAAUCAACUCUAUAUGAACAUCGCUUCAAGUCCCGAAUUAAUCCGAGAAGUACUAGGACAAUCGAUCUCCAAAGUAGAUCCAUUUGUUGGACGACUCUACGAACUGUGGGAGGCGCUUGAGAAGGAAGAGGCGGAGGAUGUGAUGGACGAGCACUUCUCCCUGGGGAUCUUUCGGAACGAUUUUCUGCUUCAUCAAUCAGAACCCAGCCAGCCUCUGGCCAUCAAGCAAGUAGAGUUUAAUACGGUCAGCGUUAGUUUCGGUAGUCUGGCCUCAAAAGUCUCGGGAUUACAUCGCUAUCUCGCUGGUCUCACAACCAUCUUCAACCGAUCACAACUGCCCGAAUCUCCCAAUCAAGCCCUUCAAUCAAUAUGCAAGGCACUUCGAAUGGCCCAUCAGCACUACGAAGCCGUAGAAUGCCCGGAUAAUCCACCAGUAAUUCUCAUGAUCGUCAAGCCGAACGAAAACAAUAUCUUUGAUCAAUCAUUAAUUGAAUUCCAACUAGAUUCCGAACCAGAUUCAAUCCGGAUGAUCAGGCUAUCUUGUCACGAGGUUCUCAAGCUAACGACAAUAGACCCGGUGACCAAGAAGAUUUUCUAUGUGGGCGGGGACAUGAAGAGGGAAGCAUCGGUAGUUUAUUAUCGUUCGAUGUAUGGACCUGAGGAUUUCGUCAGUGAGGAUGAUUGGAAGGGCAGAUACCAGCUAGAACGAUCCCGAGCGAUCAACUGUCCCAGCCUGUCGAUCCAACUGGCGGGCUGUAAAAAGUUCCAACAGAUCCUGACGGUGCCCCAGUUCUUGGAGACUCAUCGCGAGUUAUUAAGGGCACAUAUCGAGCCAGAGGGAUGGGAGGAAGUGCGGUCGAGCUGGACGGCGAUGUAUUCGCUGGACGAUCCGGCCGGGCUCCAGAUUGCAAGCAACCCGGCCCAAGCCCGCGACUUCGUCCUCAAACCUCAGCGCGAGGGCGGCGGAAAUAACAUGUAUGGUCUCGCCCUCCCGGCCUUUGUGGGCCAGCUUUCGGCGGCGGAAAGGCAGACUUACAUCCUCAUGAGCUUGAUCAAAACGCCCCCGAAAGUCUUCAACUACUUGGUCCGAUCUUCGCCCCAUAACCCAACCGAUUCCACUCCGUCCCACGCCCAUCAUCCCAAGCCUAUCGAUCCCCUCCCCUCCACCCAAAUCAUAUCCGAAUUGGGCAUCUACGGCUUCUCGUUGUUGUCUAGAAAGAGGCACAAAACUUCGGCUCUCACCCAGCAAAGUACUCCAGCGGUUCAUACACUCUUGUUCAACUUUCAAGCCGGCCACAUCCUUCGUACCAAAGAUUCCCAAUCUGGCGAGGGCGGCGUGGCUAUCGGCAUCAGUUGUCUAGACUCCCCGCUCUUGAUCUGACAUUUUGACUCAAGUUGAACAACGCUGGGCCGCUACACUAACCGUAGCGGUUAGUGUAGCGUAACGCAGCUGAAUCGCUGUUAGCGAUUAGCGUAGCGUAGCGGAAUUCCGCCAUGACACCGCU